GCUGGGAAAGGAAAUUACGUCACAGGGAGCUUGUGACCGCCACACGGAGAGUGACGGCGCUCCCAGCACCGCUUCUAAGCGCGCCUAGAAAACCCCGAGAGCCGUCGCCGCCAUGGAUUACGGGGAAGAAAUCGACCGGGACUAUGGGCAUGGUGCCUAUAGUGUCCCAAGAGUUAUGGACUCUUAUAUGAAUCAGUCAUAUGGAAUGGAAAGCCAUGGAGGCGGCAGUGGUGGUGGUGGAGGAGGUUCCAGGUUUGGACCUUAUGAGUCUUACGACUCCGGGUCUUCUCUGGGUGGGCGAGAUCUGUACAGAUCUGGCUAUGGUUAUAAUGAACCCGAACAAAGCCGCUUCGGAGGUAGUUAUGGUGGUCGAUUUGACAGCAACUACCGGAAUAGCCUUGACUCUUUCGGAGGUAGAAACCAGGGCGGGUCUAGCUGGGAAGCACCUUACUCACGCUCAAAAUUGAGGCCUGGGUUUAUGGAGGACAGAGGAAGAGAGACUUACUCUUCCUACAGCAGUUUUUCUUCACCCCAUGUGAAGCCUGCACCUGUAGGCUCUCGGGGGAGAGGAACGCCUGCUUAUCCUGACAGUGGAUUUGGAAGCAGAAACUAUGAUGCUUUUGGAGGACCAUCAACAGGCAGAGGCCGUGGCCGAGGAUAUAUGGGAGACUUUGGAGGCAUGCAUAGACCUGGAAUUGUGGUAGACUAUCAUAACAAACCCAGUUCUGCAGCAGUAGCUGCACGAGGAAUAAAGAGAAAAAUGAUACAGCAGCCGUAUAAUAAACCAGGUGGGACAUUUAUCAAGAAACCCAAACUGACAAAACCUAAUGUGAAGAUGAACCAAAACAAACCUAGCGUCAAGCCAGAAGUGAAAAAUGAAGAGGAAGAAAAACGUCGAAUUGAGGCAAGAAGAGAGAAGCAAAGGCGUCGGAGAGAGAAAAAUAGUGAAAAGUAUGGUGAUGGUUACAGAAUGGCAUUCACCUGCUCCUUCUGUAAAUUUCGAACAUUUGAAGAGAAAGACAUUGAAGCUCAUCUUGAAAGCGUUGUUCACCAGGACACUUUGGAUCACAUUCAGAAACAGACCAAAUUUGACAAAGUUGUGAUGGAGUUUCUGCAUGAGUGCAUGGUGAAUAAAUUUAAGAAGACUGCUAUGCGUAAACAGCAGACUACAAGCCAAAUGGAAGCUGCUCAGAUUACUGAAAAAGAUGUAAUGGAAGGUGUUACGGCUGAUGAUCAUAUGAUGAAAGUUGAGACUGUCCUGUGCUCUGCAUGCAGCGUCUAUGUUCCCGCACUCCACAGUUCUGUUCAGCAGCAUUUAAAGUCUCCAGAGCAUGGAAAAGGAAAACAGACUUACAAAGAACAAAUCAAAAGAGAGAGUGUUCUAACUGCUACCAGUAUUUUGAAUAACCCCAUAGUGAAGGCACGGUAUGAACGUUAUGUCAAGGGUGAAAAUCCAUUCGAAGUCAUUGAUCAGAGUGCAGAGCAGCAAGGAGAGGAAGAAGAAGACAAGGCAAAUGAACCCGCAGAGGAGGAGGAGGAAGAUGAGGAGGGAGAAGGGGGGGAAGAAGACGAUGAAGAAGUGGAAGCAGAAGAACAGACUGACUUCACUCUUGACCAAACAGAGGACAGUUAAAUGCAAAACAUUUCGCACAAGCCGAGGAAAGUCCUACUUUUACUUUUCUGUUCAUGCGGCUAAAUGUAAAAUUUCUUAACAAUUAAAGCAAGACUGUUGUUAUCCUCGGCCCUCUGCAUGUACUUCGUUUGAAGAAGUCGUUCUGUAAUCUACUUCCACUUUGGCUUAAAAAUGGAAGUAAACCCAUUUUUAGUAGAACCUUUCUAAGUGAUCUUGCUGUUAGAACUUACUAUAUAUUGUCUAUCUUGUGAAGAUUGGGGUUUUUGUUUGUUUCUUGACAUUGAUUUGUAUACAAAUAAAAAGUAGAAAGUUUAAAUCAUUUCAUCACAAAGCGUUUUAACUAAAUAUAGCGUAAAUAGUUCUAGAAGCCUAAAUAUAGAAUUAUGUUGUGAGUGUGCCUGUCUCCUGGACUGCAUCCACUCAUUGUAAAGUACAUAUUAUGACUUGUAGUUUUUUUGUGUGUGUGUGGUGAAAUGUACUCGUUUGUACCAAUAAAACAUUUUAGAAACCA